GUUUUUUGCAUUAAUUUCUGAAAAGUGAACAUUUUUUGGAUUACUUUUACUGGAGUUAAAGUUAAAUAAAAAUCUCCAAAAAUGUCUUUAGCUGACGAACUAUUAGCUGAUCUUGAAGAGGACAAUGACAACGAAUUGGACGAGUUGCAGAAUAUGGAUGAGGAAGAGGAGCCAACAAAGGCACAGGAAAUUACGGAAAAGCUGCUCAAACCGCAGAUUAAUUUAAUGGAAGUUGAUGUGCAGGUGCAGUCCAUACGUGAUCUCUGUAAGUUACAUGACUCCGAACGACUGCAAUUUGUAUUGAAGCAAAUCGAGCAGUAUGGCAGUAGGCAACGCACCUCUGCAGAGAUGCUUGGUAACGUGGAGUCCGAUCCGGAAUAUCAGCUUAUAGUUGAAGCCAACGCCAUCGCCGUUGAUAUAGAUAAUGAAAUUUCUAUUAUACACAAAUUUACCAAAGAGAAGUACCAGAAGCGAUUUCCCGAAUUGGACUCACUGAUUGUCGGGGAAAUAGAAUAUUUAUAUGCUGUUAAAGAAUUGGGCAAUGAUCUGGAUCAGGUGAAAAAUAAUGAAAAAUUGCAAGCCAUAUUAACACAAGCAACCAUUAUGAUUGUUUCAGUCACCGCGUCAACAACGCAGGGCACUGAGCUAACCCCCGCCGAAAAGGCACAAAUCGACGAGGCUUGUGAAAUGGCUAUCGAUUUAAAUAAUUUCAAGUCACAAAUAUAUGAAUACGUUGAGAGUAGGAUGACUUUCAUAGCGCCUAAUCUAUCGAUGAUCGUUGGGGCUUCGACUGCAGCAAAAUUAUUGGGUAUAGCAGGAGGCUUAACGAAACUUUCCAAAAUGCCCUCUUGCAACGUGCAAGUAUUAGGUUCGCAAAAGAAAACCUUAGCGGGGUUUUCAAAAACUCAAAUGUUACCCCACACCGGCUAUGUUUACUUCUCACAAAUUGUACAGGAUACAGCACCGGAUCUGCGCCGCAAAGCAGCACGCCUUGUUGCCGCUAAAGCAGUGCUCGCUGCACGUGUCGACGCUUGCCAUGAGAGCGUACAUGGGGAAGUUGGUUUGAAAUUUAAAGAAGAUAUAGAAAAGAAGUUGGAUAAAUUACAGGAACCACCACCGGUUAAAUUCAUUAAGCCGCUAAGUAAACCCAUUGAAGGUAGCAAGAAAAAGCGUGGUGGCAAACGAGUACGUAAAAUGAAGGAGCGUUAUGCUCUUACUGAAUUCCGCAAGCAAGCGAAUCGAAUGAAUUUCGGUGAUAUCGAAGAAGACGCCUAUCAGGAGGACUUAGGCUAUUCACGCGGCACUAUUGGCAAAACUGGCACUGGACGCAUACGUUUGCCACAAGUUGAUGAAAAGACUAAGGUGCGCAUAAGCAAAACACUACAAAAGAAUUUACAGAAACAACAGGUCUAUGGCGGUAGCACUACGGUAAAACGGCAAAUUUCCGGUACAGCUUCCAGUGUAGCGUUCACUCCGCUACAAGGGCUUGAAAUUGUAAAUCCACAGGCAGCGGAGAAAUCGCAAACAGAGCAGAAUGCUAAAUACUUUUCCAAUACUUCUGGUUUCAUUUCUGUGGGUAAACGUACUACUUAAAGCUAAAGUUAAAACAACUUUAUCGAGUUUAUACAAAUAUAUAUAUUUAAUUUGGUCUAAAAAAAAGUAUAACUUUUGGAUGGUAAAUACAACUACUGUACAAAUUA